AGGAUGCAAAAUCUAUUAUAGUAUUAUUUUAACUGUUUUAUUUCUAACUCAGUGGUAUUCUAAUCUCCAAUCCACAGAUGCCAACACUGCAGAAAGAAGACAUCCCUAAUAGGUUUAAACAAUGUGGAAUGGAAAUGAUCCAUAGUCAGACAACUGUGAAAAAUCCAAUACCUCAAAAGCACAUGUACCUGCCAAAGGAAACUGAAAUUAAACCGCUUGAGCGAACUAAGAUCGUUAAAAGUCAGGGAUACAUUGCCUUGUGUGAACCCACAGAGUACCCGUCCGAGCAUAAAGGCAGCAUUUAUAUUACCAGAACUUAUCAGCUCAAAGAAAACCCUGAAGCAAAAGAUGCACCAGAGAAACGUGCUACCGUCAAUAGGGAGAACCUGGACUUGUUAAAUUCAACAACACUGACUGUCUCUGAUCUUAAAAGAAGCACAACAAUUCUAAACCUUAUCAGAUACAAGUUAUUGGAUGAAGAGAUCCUCCGUAAAUUAGAAAUGGGCCUUACUACGAUAGAUAAGGUGCAAGAAUUCAUUGCGCCAUAUGUCAGCAAACCGACUGCCAUUGCUGGAGUUUAUGUGGAGUCCAGUAGGAAAAAGGCUUCCUUCCAAGAGGCCGUUGAGAAGGGCUUCUUAGCAAAGACCUACGCUUUGGAAUUUCUAGAGACUCAGGCAGCAACUGGAAGCCUCACUGAUCUAACUACAGGGCAGUUUUACUCUGUGGAUGAGGCUCUUGAGAGAGGAAUCAUAGAAGAAGCCUUAAAGGUUAAACUGAUAGAGGCUGAGAAAGCUUUUACUGGCUUUGUACAUGCUGGUAAAAGACUGGCUGUGUUCCAGGCGAUGGAGGAGAUGAUUCUUGAGCGACGUAUAGGCAAGAAGAUCCUUGAGGUACAGAUUGCUACCGGAGGAGUGAUCAACCCAGAGGCUGGUGUCAGAAUGCCACCUAGCGUUGCUAUUGAUCAUGGCUUCUUAAACAAGGAGACCUUUCAAGUUCUGUAUGAUCCUGUCCGAAACCCCAGAGGUUUUCACUACCCUGAUACUGGACAGAAAGCAUACUACUCAGAAAUACUGAAGGGGAGUCUUUACGAUAUCGAUGGCGGUGUCUUACUUCUUCCGCUAGGGGACAGACACCUAACACAUAGUUCUCCGACAAGUUCUCACCGGGUGUCUGUUGUCAGCAGCAGCAGUGGCAUUGAGAUGUCCGCUUAUGAAGCAUUUAAGAAGAAAUAUAUCAAUAAGCACACCUAUCUAUUUCUGUCACAACAAGAGAGCGAAUGGCAGGAGAUGUCUGUAGAUGUUGCCAAUAAAGGAGUGCGCCACUUCAUCUGUGAUGUCAAAAAUGCCAGAAACCUAUGUCUAGAGUCAGCUCUCAGUCAGAGAUUUCUGGAAGCGUCUGAGCUUGAACGUUACGGGGAUGGCCUUCUUAGCAUCAAUGAGAUGGCAGACAUCAUAUUUUCCAGAAUGGUCGUUGUGGAGGAUGUCAACAGCCCCAUUGCUGGUCUAUGGGACCUCACCCAGAAGAAGAGGUUGUCUGUUUUGCAGGGUUUUCAACAGGGCUUCAUUGACAGGACAACUGCCUUGAGAUUGCUGGAGGCUCAGGCCUGUACUGGAGGGAUCUGUGAUCCCUUCUCUGGGGAGAAACUUACAGUCAAAGAUGCACUUACUAGAGGGCUUUUAAAUGACAAGUUUGCUCAUCCACUUCAACAGUAUGAGCAGGCAUUCAAUGGCAUCAUUCACCCCAAGACGGCAAAGCCUUUGUCAAUACCCCAGGCUAUCCAGGAAAACCUCUUACCAAAAGAUAUCGGGACUUGCUGUCUUGAGUUCCAGCUUCUGACUGGUGGACUCAUACACCCUGACACUCAUGACAGAGUCCCUCUAGAUGAAGUCCUUCAGAGGGGCCUUGUUGACAAAGCCACUGCCCUAGCAAUCAAAGACAAGGGGUCCCAUUUCAAAAGCCUCUCUUGUCCAAAAACCAAGAGACGAAUAACAUUCAAAGAAGCACUGGACAGAUGCACAUAUGACUGCCACACUGGGUUAAGAUUACUGGAGGCUACUAAGGCUCAAGGUUUUGGAUCCUUAUCAACCAUACAUCACGGAAUGUGGAAGUCUAAACAAUAAACAUCACAUACUAUGUUUGAAAAAAAAAAGCUUUUUAUAGGACUUUGUGUAAGUGUGGCGGCUAGAGUAGAUUUCUGCUAUAAAUUGUAUUUUGCUUUUGAUGUCCUUUUAUGUUGCUACACUUGUUUUCUAUCGAAGCGUGUACAGAAAAGACCAGUCCAUUAUUGAACGCUUUAUUGGAUGUUUCCUAGUGUACCAGAUUGUAUUGGAUCUUGUAUAUUUUUUUUAAAAUCAAUGUUGUUAUAUUUUUGUUAUUUGAAUGCCAAACAACUUUUUGUUUACAAUUUAAAAAUUAAACUGUUGCUUCCUAAAUAAUUAUAUUUUCAUACCCUUACCUGUUCUAAUUCCAGAGAUCUGUUGAUGAGGAGAAGCGAGAGCAUGGUGAUAAAGUUAGCAAACUGUUAGGUUGGAUGUCUAAUGUGAAACACAACCUGAGCAAUGAGGGGAAUUCUUUGAAAGAUAGCAAUGCCAACUCUGAUGCUUCAAAUAAACAUCAGGUAA